UGCGCUGUUGACUUUCCGUAUUUUCUACCUACACCAAUCGCUCAUGCCCAAGAAACUGAAGCUGAACCGUAUACCUCUCUUCUCUCUCUCUCUUCUUUGCAAAAUUCAAACCUGGAUCUUUUAGAUUACUACAAAUUCUGAUGGAUUUUGAGGUCGAUGGAGAUGUUAAUGGCGAGGUGAUUGGGAAUUCUAUUGAUGUGGAAUGCAGGGUAGGUGAUGAAAUUGAAAUGGGAGGAAGUUCUGUUGAAGGGGCAUUUCAACAGGACCAGGAUCAUAAGGUGCAUCAAGAUCUUUCUGGAUGUGAAAUGGUUCCAUUAGAUGAGCCCCAACCAGUAAAUAGUUCUGAUCCAGUAGAUGAACCCUAUGUGGGCCAGGAGUUUGAAUCUGAAGCAGCAGCACAUGCAUUUUAUAAUGCAUAUGCAACAAGAGUGGGUUUUGUCAUCCGCGUGAGCAAGCUCUCUCGAUCAAGGCGUGAUGGAACUGCCAUUGGUAGGGCUCUUGUUUGUAACAAAGAGGGCUUUAGGAUGCCUGACAAGCGUGAAAAAAUUGUACGACAAAGGGCAGAAACAAGGGUGGGUUGCAGAGCAAUGAUUUUAGUUAGGAAAGUUAGCUCUGGUAAAUGGGUUGUUACAAAAUUUGUGAAGGAGCACACUCAUCCUCUGAGUCCCGGCAAAGGCCGAAGGGAUUUAAUCUACGAUCAAUACCCGAAUGAACAUGAUAAAAUCCGGGAACUAUCCCAGCAGCUGGCCAUUGAGAAAAAGCGAGCUGCGACCUAUAAAAGGCAUUUGGAAUUGGUUUUUGAGCACAUUGAAGAGCAUAAUCAGAGUUUGUCAAAGAAGAUCCAAGACAUAGUAGAUAGUGUGAGGGAGAUGGAAUCUAGAGAGCAGCAAAGCCAUAGAUAGUUUUGACAUUCUUCAGGCACAUUUUUUUUUUUUAAUGGGAAUGGGAGUCGAGAAAAAUGAUGUUGGAUGGGGUGAGGAUUAUUAUAGUUAUAGCUUUGGCUUGCUAUAUUAUUGCCAACUGUUUGAGCUCUAGAUAGGAUUGGAUGGUCAAGUCACUGCACGAUGUUUUGAGUUGUGUGUGUAUGAUUAUGCAGUUGGUGGGAAAAUAGUAGGCGAUGGAUUUGAAUUCCUUUGAGCUGUCAAGGGGUGUUUGAAUGUCCCAUGAUAUUGAAUUAUUUCCAUCACCUUUUGUGUAAAAUUCAAAAUGAGCCCACUGAUGAUGGUUGAAUGAAAUGAUUUCAAUUCUA